AUGGCGGGCUUUCUCAUUCCAGACCAUUACGUGGUCGUGCCACCUAGCACAACCGAUCAGCUCGUCGCCAGUAUCAUUUGGGGUUUCACACUCGCCAUCGGAAUCUUCUCGGCGCAAAAGGCCGCAAAGCAGACAUGGGAACAGUACAAGCGAACGGGACGCGCGAGGGCAUACAUUUGGAUGAUUUGGGCGGAAUGGGUCGCGUCGAUGCUUAUCGGAAUUUUGUCUUGGUGUUUUAUUCGUGGCUAUGUCGCCCCUAGCUUCUGGAUCUUUUUCGCCCUCCUUGCUUGCUGGGUCGUACAAAUUCAAUGCAUCUGUGGUAUCAUCAUCAAUCGUAUUUCUCUUCUUAUGAUCGACAGAAGGAACGCCAUCAAGAUUCGAUGGAUUACAGCAAUUAUCAUUGGUCUCAUCAACAUCAGUGUCUUCUGCAUCUGGAUCCCCUCGCAGAUGCAGAUUUCUAAAAAAUGGCACGACAUUAACUACGUUUGGGACCGAAUUGAGAAGGGCAUUUUCUUGGUGGUCGACGCCGCUCUUCACGGCUACUUCGUUUACCUCAUCCGCGUCAAGCUCAUCGCGAACGGCCUCACCAAGUAUCAGCCGCUCAUGCGCUACAAUCUCAUCAUGAUCGCCAUCUCGAUGAGUUUGGAUGUUAUCCUUAUCGGCAGCAUGUCUAUUGGUAACGGUUUCAUUUACGUGCAAUUCCAUCCCCUCGUUUACAUGAUCAAGCUCCACAUUGAGAUGAACAUUUCUUCUCUUAUCGUGCGAGUUGUUCGUGCUACCGGAGAACACGGCUCUUACCCCGAUGGCUUCAGCAACCACACUGAACUGCGCUCCAAGGUCAAGGCCGCCGGAAAGAAGACAGCCUCCAACCGAACAGGAAUGGGAGGACAAGGCGCUAUGUUUUCGACGACAGGCAGAAACCUGGAAGUGCGCGUUGACGCUGGUGGACAAGCCGACGAUAACGGCCCCCAGCCCCAAGGUAUCACAAAGGUCACACAAACACACGUCACCGUCAUGCCCAAGCACCAAGAGGAUGACGCCAGCUCGCAAUCUUCAACGAGCCAACUAAAAGACCCCUACUCUUACCCUUAA